GUGCGAUACUGCGCCUUUGUUCCCUGUAACCUUGAAGAGGUCCGGCGGUCGUAGACGGAAUGUCUACACCGGCUGCUCGAUCUUUUACAACUACCGGGACCACCCGGACCCGCAACGGGCUCACGUGGGCACCAACAUCUCCGACCGACUGGGAAUCCGCACACCCUCGGAGAAGGCGGU